UCACUGUACUUUUUAUAUACAUGUGACAACAAACCUAAAUCUAAAUCCCCCUGUGGGACACAUCAGAACAAGGCAGUAUAAUUCAACAGAAAGGGGUCUCCCAUUUAAGGCAGAGAUUUGAUAUUUUAAAUAAAAACCAAAAGAACUGCGGGUACUGUAAAUCAGGAACAAAAACAAAGUUGCUGGAAAAGCUCAGCAGGUCUGGCAGCAUCUGUGGAGGAGAAAACAGAGUUAACGUUUCCAGUCCGGUGACCCUUCCUCAUUUGAUAUUUUAAGUCGUGAGGGUCCUGUGCCUAUGGAACUCUCUUCCUCAGGGAUGAGUGGAGACUGGGUUCUUGAAAAUGUAAAGGCUUAAGGAGAUAUAUAGAUAACACAAUGUGGAGCUGGAGGAACACAGCGGGCCAGGCAGCAUCAGAGGAACACGAAAGUUGACGUUUAGGGUCAGGACCCUUGUCUGCCAGUGCCAUUUGAAACAUGGAAUAUAAUGCAAGAUUUCACUGCAAUAGCGUUCAUUUCACUCAUCUUCUUGUUCCUCCAGUCGCUGCUUGACAUUGGCCGGAGUCUCUGAAAUGGGGUCUAGGGACCCGAAACAUCAACUUUCGUGCUCUUCUGAUGCUGCUUGGCCUGCUGUGUUCCUCCAGCUCCACAAUGUUAUCUGACUCCAGCAUCGGCAGUUUUUACUACCUCUUGAGAUAUAUUCUUGAUUUCUGCACUGUGGAUAGAUGGGCGGCAAUGUGGUUAGCACUGCCGCCUCACGGCUGCAGGGACCUGGGUUCAAUUCCACCCUCAGUCAACUGUCUGUGUGGAGUUUGCACAUUCUCCCUGCAUCUGUGUGGGUUUCCUCCGGGUGCUCCAGUUUCCUCCCGCAGUCCAAAGAUGUUCGGGCUAGGUGGAUUGGCCAUGCUAAAUGAGUGUCCAGGGAUGUUUAGGUUAGGUGGGUUAGACAUGGGGAAAUGCGGAAAUAGGGGAAUGAAUCAGGGUGGGAUACUCUUCAGAGGGUGGUGUGGCAGUGUAGACUUGUUGGGCCAAAUGGCCAGUUUCCACACUGUACGGAUUCUAUGAAUUAAAACAGUAUAUGGGAUAAGCGACAACGUGGAUUGGAAACAGCCACGAAAUGUGUUGAGGGGAAAGCAAUCUGACAGGGCGAACGGGCUGCUCCCGCCACCUAGUGGUAAACGCGGAUAGGAACGUCGCCCCUUGUCCAAUGAAAAGGCGGCUUCCUUACACAGUCCAAUCAGUAACCGCCUUUCCGGUUGCUGUAGGGCGCUUGUCCAAUAAGACGGCGAUCCCGUUCCCAGUGUCAAAGCCCGUUCCUGAUGGCCAGCAGUGGGGACCGUGCCGUCGCGACCCUGUCGCACUCUCGGACUCUCUUCCUCGACGACUGUGGCGUCCCGUUGCGGUUCUACAUGCCGCCGGGGCCCACCAAGGCCUUGCUGGCGCCGAUGAUCAUCCACGGCGGCGGGGUGGUGUGCCGCGUUCAGGAGCCGGGCGCCAUCCUGUUGACCGAGUCGGGGGCUGAGGGGCCAAUGUCGAAAGGCUACAUCAGCGCCCGCUACGUGCUGGACAGCGUGGAGCAGGACAAGCAGCUGGCGCUGGAAGAGUACGCAGCGGAGCAGGCCUCCCCAGAGGCGGUGACAGCGCUAGGCCGCGGCAGGUUGACGUACAGCGAGGAGGAAGACGCCGCCAUCUUGUUGUACGUGCGCUCUCAUGGCGACAAGUCCGUCACCGGAAAUGCCCUCUGGAUAGAGAUGGAGAGAAGUAAUGUGACCUCCCAUUCCUGGCAGUCCAUGAAGAGCCGCUACCUGGACUGGCUCUGCGGCCGGGAACAGCUCGACAGCGCCAAGGGGAAGCGGCCGGCGACCAGCGCUCGGACAGCUCUCCAGGCUGCCAAGGGAGAAGGUAAAAGGAAUCUUGACAAUCUCCAGCAGGCUGAGUUGAAGUCUAAUGAAAAAGCAACCACCUCAGUUGAACGACAAUCUGAUGCAAAUCGAGAUGAGGAAUGCUUCAACAUAUUUCAUGUUGCAAUCCGUGAAUUUGAGGUUGAUGAUGACACUCCUGAACUGAUGGUAGAAGCGGGUAGUGAAAUGGAGAUGGAGAAAGUCUCUCAAAAGCAGGAGAUUGAGAAUGACAACCCCCCACAAGUCAGCCCUGCUGAGCACCGUCCUAGACGGAAAGGAACUUUGGCAGAGUUCAUCAUGGACAAUAAGCGGCCGGAAGUAGACUCUCAGACACCAGUUGAUGAGUUGCUUUCCUUGCCUACAGCGUCUCAGGAUGAGGUGGAAUGUGCCAUUCGAGCUAUCAACACAUUGAUGCAAACCCAUCAGCUUGACCUCUGUGCAGCCACACAGUUGUUAAUGAAGAACAAUGGAGAGCUGACUGCAGCCAUGCACUAUAUGGAGACCGGUCACCGGCCAGAUGGUUAUCCUAUCUGGACCCAUCAAGAUGACAUUGACCUGGAGAAUGUUGAUGGACAAGUGCAGGAGAGGUUAAUCCAGAAAUUUGGCUCUGAGAAUUUAGCCAAACGCAUUGCCUUUCGUAAAAUUUAGCAGUAGAGCGGCAUUAAGAUGUGUGAACGUCAGUGGUCUUGUUCGAACAGUGAAAUUGAGAUGUGAACUUGCUCCUUUGGAAGGUUAAAGGGCUUUGGAUUGGAUGGAAAUUUCUGCCAGUUGCAGGGGUUCAAAAGCUUGGACAGCAAAGUUUAACUUUGAAAUGAGUUUUUAAAAAAAAAAAAAAACUGCCCCUAGCUCAGGACCUAUCUGGACUAGGCUGACUAACAAUGUUCCCUGUAAAUUUUAUUAUUGCUAUAUAAAACUGAGAUCCAUGUGUGGUAGCAGCAGCUUGUGGAAGUAGAAACCAUGUAUCUCCACACUAGUUGAAAAGUUCAGACCUUCCCGGUUGUUGUACACCUUUUAGAGGGAGCAUUGUUUACUACCUGAUGUAGAUGAUCUUGAGUGUUUCCCUUUCCCAUAAACAGUGGUGAUUUAAUGUAGCUGAGGUUUGAAAUCUUUUACUCAUUAAAGAAAUUUCUACUGGACAUUCCGACUGAGCUGUGUAUAACUGAACGUGCAGUUAGGUAGAUAUAUGCAAUCUCAUUAUUUGAUGUACAACUGAAUGUAAACACCGUCUUUUACACCCUGCCAAGUUAGUAUCAAUUUUGUACUCUGGUUUUAUCAAUGGGAGUUGACUGUCCAACUUAUGUAACCCCUAACAACUGGCAGAAACUUGCAUCCCAUCUGCUGCUUGUAUUUGUAAAAACUAGGUUCACAUUUGAAAUUGACUUGUGGAUUAGGAAGAGAGAGAACAUGUGGCAGAAGUUUCAGGAAAGGAUUGUGCUGCAAAGGACCAAGACUGGUUACGACAAAGGUAUGAAUGGUGAGUAAUGUUUUGAAUAGAAAUCUUCCUUUUAUUAAAUUUUUGGGAGUGGUCAGACCACAAGGAAACAUUUUACAAACAGUUUUCAUGGACAAUAUUUAAGCAAUGGCGAUCUAGUAUCGGAACAUUACUUUUGAGGAUUGAUCAUGAGGAAUUAAAAGCUAAAUUCCUGUGUAAACUCGCCUGCUGGUUUAGAACAGGCUGUAUGCUCCUGUGAACUCCAAAUGAAGAUAUGCUUAGGUGGAAGCUAAGACCUAGUUUAUUGUUACGGAAUCAGUGCUCCCUCCUCUAAAGAGACAAUUGUAAGCACAAACGAGAGCAGACAUUCUGGGAUAACAAUCCCCUCCGUGGUCUUCCUGCAUGGGCCCAUCUAAUGGUCACCUUGGCCAGGCCCAGGAACAGAACCAUGAAGUGAUCCUGUGCCUUGCUCUGCUUAUUGGCCUCCAUGCUGAUAGCUCUGUUCAGGAGUUUGGGAUUGAAAUGCAAAUAAAUCCUGAAGGGAGCCCCUUCCAAAAAAUGUACAUAUGGAGCAUGGGGUCCUCAGGGCUACAGAAAUGACGGGAGGUUUGGGAACAACAUUCCCUCUAAUUGUUUCCUCUGCUGCGCGGACUUCCAAGCUCCAUCUGUGCCUUGUGGAACCUGUGGCUGCGUGGCUUAGAGGGAACGGUGCCCGAGAGUCCCUUAUCACCUUUAACCUGUUUUUGCAUGUGAUUGCAGUGUGUAACACCCUCCAUACCACAUCACCAAUGAUGUCCCCUGUUGAUAUGUACUGAAAGACAAUUAACACCCACUUGCCAUUAACAUGACAUUAACAAACCAUUACAAUGUGAUUGUUAACACCUGGUCCCAUGUGCCCUUACUGCUGUUUUGAGAUAACUGAUACUGUAAGUAACUUAGUCAGCAAUUGAAAUCAAUAAUUGAAUAUUAAAAUGAUAUCGCAAGUCUUUGAAAAGCCAGUCACUGACCUGUCUGAUUGGAGAGAUGGAUUAAGGUGUUUUGAAUGGAUGCAAUAAGUAAUCAGUGGAAGCUAUAUAAGUGGUGCAAAGUUCAAUGUGGGUACAUAUUGUGGAUCAGGUUAUUGUUUAAUGACGUGGAGGUGGAGGUUUGUGAAUUUUCCAAGAAAUGUUCUGGUCAGGCCUCCACAUUCAGACAGAGCAUUUUAACCAACUCCAUUUUUAUUGAACAUUUCCAGGAGCUGGGAAGGAAAGGGGGUGAAUAAAAGUAUAUUGGGAUGUAACAGCCAGUGGUGCAGAAAUGACCUUUUUGAGCAUUGUCAUAUUUCAUUCCGGUAACCUGUUGAAAAUCAAAUUCUGCUAUUCCCAGAGUCAUUUGGAAAGUAAAUGAUUUUAUCAGAAUUUGCCAAAUUCUCCAGUUUACCUAAGCUUCUCCAGCAACUUUGUUUUUGUUGUUGUCUCCGGUUUACCUGUUGUUUAGACUAGAUUAAUAGAAAGUACAGGCCAGGUUUCUGGAUUUUAACAAAAAUUAGUAUUUACUACAGGAAAAAUAGAUUCUAUCUGCAGAUAAACAACUAUGAACUAUCAAUGUAACUCCACUAGUUGAAACUCUAACCAGCUUUAUAAAGCUUCCUUUGCAUGUAUGUGCAGACAAACAAGAAACACUUAUGAAUGGAGGGAAAAACUGUGAAAGCAGUUCACUGACAUGAUCCUUGUACUUGUCAGGGCCUGCUGAUUGAUUUCUUGCAGGAUGCACCAAAGAGCUAGUUCACAAAUUGCAUAAUCUCUUUUUACUGGCUAAAAGCUGCAGUUUACAGUGAGUGGUGAAGGAAGAUAAACUGACCUUCUUCAGAUUUUAGGUAUUUUUGUCUGCUCAUGGCAAGAGAAAGAUACACCAACUCCCCUUUGCUCUGGCCAAGACCUGCAAAUACACAAGCUAUGCAGCUAUCUGGAAGCCAAUCACAUAGUUGUUAACAGGCAGAAGGCCUUUGUCAUCCAAAAAUAAGACUGGCAUCCUAGUAUAACCAUCCCCUCCAUGGUCUACUACAUGGAUCUGUUGCUGCUGUAUCAUAUUUUGUGUACACCUCCUGGUGCCAGGCUGUCUGUAUUAGCUUUCCCCAUACUGCUUGAACAAGCAACAAUGUAAAUGGCACUUGCAAUAAGUAUUGGUAACUUGAUUUGAGAAAAUGCAGCAAUCUGUUUCAUGAUUCUUGAUUUUUAAAACAGUCCUCCAAUUUCAUUCCACAAGCAAAAACAUAGAAAAGUAAAAUAUUAGCAAGGGCCAGUGGAGGACAGAAUUCCCCUUUUCACCGGUGGCUGUGGAAGAGCUGGAACAAGAGAUUGCAACAACAGAGCAGGUGAGGAGAUUUGAUUAUGAAGCUAAAUGUGCUUUGUUGUGCAUAUUGAAUGGGUUUGAGUGCCAUGGUGCUCAUGGUCCAUUGCUAAAUGCAGAUGUUGCAAUUGUAUGUGGCAUGUGAAUCACACUGCUGGCUGCUUCAAUCAGUUCCACAUAUCAAUGGCCAAAUCAGUACAUUCAGUAUUAAGCUAUAAAAUAGAUGAUCUGCAAGAUGCAAGUGUCUUUUCUUUAUUCAUUCAAUGGGUUUGAUUGGUUGAGCCAGCAUUUUUUUUUUUUUUGCCCACUCCUAGUUACACUCAAAGGUGGUGGGGAGCUGCCUCUUUGAACUGCUGCAGUCCAUUUGGGAUAAGUACAUCCACAAUGCUGUUCCAGGAUUUUGAUCUAAAGAGACUAAAGGAAUGAUGAUAUAUUUCUAAGUCAGGGCAAUAAGUGGCUGAGAGUGGAACUUGCAAAUGCAGGCAAGUUGUGUAUUAACUCAAGUAAAGACCCAAAAGACCCAAAAGUUACACGUAUCUUGUCCUUCUAAUUGGUAGUGGUUGUGGGUCUCAAAAGUGCUGUCUUAAGAGUCUUGGUGAAUUUCAGAAGUGUAUCUUAUAGAUGGUACCUACUGCUGCUACUGAGCAUCAGUGGUGGAGAGAGUGAAUGUGGCUCUAUCCAAUGAAUUGGACUGUUGUCCUAGAUGGUAUUCAGCUUCUCAAGUGUUGGUGGAGCUGCACACAUCCAGGCAAGUGAGGAGUAAUCCAUCAUGCUCCUGACUUGUGCCUUGUAGACAGGCUUUGGAGAACUAGGUGAGUUACUUGCUGCAGGGGUCGUAGCCGCUGAGUUGUUCUUGUCCCUACACUAUAUUUAUAUGGCCAGUCCAGUUUCUAGACAAUGGUAAUCCCCAGGAUGUUGAUAGUGGAGGAUUCAGUGAUAAUGUUAUUGAAUUUAACGGGUGAUCAUUUGAUUCUACCUUGUGGAAGAUGGCACUUAUGUGGAAUGACUUUACUUGCAUUUAUCAACCCAUUCCUGGAUAUUGUCCAGGUCUUUCUGCAUUUGGACAUGGACUACUUCUGUAUCUGAGGGGUCAUGAAUGGUGCUGAACAUUGUGCAAUUAGUGUUGAACGUCCACAUCUUCUGAUCUUAUGAUGGAGAGAAGGUCAUUGAUGAAACAGCUUAAAAUGGUUGAGUUCAAGACACUAUCCUGAGAAUCCCUGCAGAGAGAUCCAGGAGCUAAGAGACUGAUGUCCAACAGCCAUGACCAUCUUCCUACAUUCCAGGUAAAACUCCUAUGCUGAUCAAUUCCUAUGGUAGUAUAUACCUACUCUACAAAUUAGUUUAGCUUCUUGAAGGAAAAUGUUUGUACUUCCACUGUUUUUAAUCCAUGUACUUAUAAUAUUCAAGUAUUUUCUUUAAACAAAAUAAAGCUUACUGUUGAAAACA